AUGAAACAAAUUCGUUUAGAACUUUAUCAGCUUCCCAUAACAUUAACUUUAACAAUUGCCAAUGCUUAUAGAAAAAUGCUAUGCGUGAGUUUUUUUAUGCAGAGUCGAAAAGUAAGAAAUCAAGAAUUUCUAUCGCAAGUAGAGCUGCUUUAUAAUUUUCGGAGCGAGAAGAGUUUAUUAAAUUUGAGUUUAUUUCAUUUUGUCUCAAAAUGCAUGAAAUCAAAUAAUGUCAAACAAUUAAAGUCAGGCGAGAAAAGUUAA